AUGGCCGAGCAACACACCACACCGUCGCACUCUGCACUCACGAGAGAGUCCAGCAGGUCUUCUCCUAGCAGGGUGGUGGGCGGUCGGUGCUUACGUAACGUGCGUAAGGCGAGCACCAGUCGUCGCAACAAACGCACCGCCACGUCGCCCCAACCGCAUACCAGCCGCGAAGCUGAGUCUCCAAGCUCUAACAUUGAAUUACGAAGAAGUUCACGUCUGGUCAACUCGCUGCCCAGAUCUGAUUACUCACUCUCUGAAAGGUGGUCCUACGGAACGGACGUAUACGAAACCCGAUACGAUACUUUAGAUUCAAAACACGGUGAUACCCCACACACAGCCGGUGAACACUCAAAACGUCGCCGAACUUCAUUGAAUGACAAGAAAAAACCCAAAAGGCAUUUAUCGUCAAAAAUAAGUGAGUGCAUAGCGUAUUGCACACGUUCACGGACUGCUCUUAGGUCUGAGAGUGUUUGUGAGCAACCCAAAAAUACAAACGCACAACCCGCGCAACGUUCCAUACAUAUUGCUACUACAUCUGCACCUCCUCAAGCCACAUCGAACCCGAGUGAAGGAGGAUUAUUGCCAUUGGACGAAAGAGACUACGUGUACUCCCCCUUCAGCUCCUCGACUGUUACGGACCUACUUGAUUCAGAUUAUUCCGUCUAUAGUCCAACAGCCAGCCGAAGGAAGGGAAAGAAAAGGAAACGACCAUCACAUCGUUCACUAUCAACCAGAAAGAGUAGUUAUUGCUUAUUUGAAAUAGAGGAGCCCAAAAAGUUUAAAACAGACGUGCGGACAAAAGAUCCAGCAGAAACAAAGAUUACUUUCACUGAGAGGGCAUCCCUUGAUCAAGAUACAGGAAAGGACCCGCUCAGUUCUCCAACGUGUACAUAUUCGUUACGAAAACGUCAUAAUCGAGACCUCGGCCCGCCCACUUCCACUGUUGUCAACGACAGUUCAGUGAAUACGACAACAAACGACGCACAGUUUCUUUCGGAUCGUAAAAGCGCAACCGAACGCGGCAGGACUGUAUCUCCGCCGCCAUUUAAAGAUCUACAAGAAGCCAGUUCGUCAAAACCGCAUAGUUCUGAUAGCAAACUACUUAUUGUACCCCGAGAUCUACCAUACUUACGACAAACUAACGCCAGAAGAAGUAUCGCUGCUGCAACGGGUGCGACUCUGGGUGCUUGUCUGACGAGAGGAGCUAGUACCUCUCAACGGCAGAGGCAGGAAUCUUCAUCCAAGAGACAGUCGAGCGGGGGCGGGGCCGAAGAGCCGGGCAGUAGCGGCCGGCGUGCGCGCACGCGCGACAUGCCGCAGCCGCAGCCACAUAAUUCCACGCGCAAGGACAAACGAGGUAAAAGCAGUCUGGGUUCGUGCGCAAGCACUGGUGCUGCAUCCAGCCGGUCUCAUUCGCAAUCUGUAACCACGGGUGCAAUAGCGUCCACAUCGUCUACGCCGCCGGUGUCUGCCUCAGCGGUAUCAAUGCCUGAUAACGCUUCCAACGAUGCGAAGCCUAAGGGCAAAGCAUCGUCACCGGCGGAGGACUGUAGCGGCGGCGGCAGUGGCGUUGGUGGUGCCGAAGAGUCUUCGUCCGAGGAAGGAGAAGUUGGACGUCUACAAGCACUGCUCGAAGCUCGUGGUCUUCCGCCACACUUGCUGGGAGCCCUUGGACCUCGGAUGCAGCAUCUCUUGCAUAGGACUGUGACUGCAAAUUCUGCGGCAUCGAAGGCGGCACAGCUGCUCUCCGGUCUCCAAGCGACCGGUGAUGAAGGGCAGCAGUUACAAGCGGUGAUUGAGAUGUGUCAACUGUUGGUUAUGGGCAAUGAGGAUACACUCGCCGGUUUCCCAGUACGACAAGUGGUCCCUGCUCUUGUGAAUCUAUUGGCUGCCGAGCAUAACUUUGAUAUGAUGAACCACGCCUGCCGUGCCCUCACAUACAUGCUAGAGGCUCUACCGCGUAGCUCUGGGGCAGUGGCCUUAGCCGUGCCUGCCUUCCUAGACAAACUGCAAGCCAUCACCUGCAUGGAUGUUGCUGAGCAAUCCCUCACAGCUCUGGAUAUGCUAUCUAGGAGACAUUCUAAGGCGAUUUUGCAAGCGCGCGGUGUGUCAGCGUGUCUCACAUACCUGGAUUUUUUCUCUAUCAACGCUCAGCGUGCCGCGCUGUCAAUCACCGCCAAUUGUUGUCAAAAUCUGACACCUGACGAGUUCCAUCUUGUUAGGGAAUCUCUUCAAUUAUUGGCCAACAGAUUAACAAUCCAAGACAAGAAAUCAGUAGAAUGUGUUUGCCUGGCAUUCUCCCGUUUAGUGGACAGCUUCCAACAUGAUCCAGCUCGUUUACAGGAGAUAGCCACGCCUGAAUUGCUCACCAAUUUGCAACAGCUUCUGGUAGUACAACCACCGUUGAUAGCUGGCAACACUUUUAUCACGGUCCUUCGUUUGUUGUGGGUGAUGUGCGCCGCUUGCCCCCAGUUAGCUCUGGCCCUUCACCAACGCUCUAUAGCUGACACCUUGCUUUGUCUGCUGACUGGAUCCACUGUUCAUCAUGAGCAAGUAGAGCUAUUAUCACGGCUUCCACAAGAGCUGUAUGAGAUAACCUGCCUCAUUGGUGAGCUGAUGCCGCGUUUGCCCACUGACGGCAUAUUCGCCGUUGAUGCACACUUGGAUAGACCCUGGUCUGCCAACACCGAACGCGGGGCACAAUGGCAAUGGAGAGAUGAUAGAGGUGUAUGGCGGUGUUAUUCUUGGGCAGAAUGUCGUGCGUUGGAGGCGGGAGUCAGCGGUUGCGAGGAAGAAGUCUGCCUGGCAACCCUCGGACGCUCCUACACGGUGGACCUGACGGCCAUGCAGCAGCUUAACGACCACACUGGCACCGCGAGGCCUGUUCAGCGUCUGCCUCCUGCUGCCCCGCCGCCUGCCACUGCCGAUGGAAACCCUGUGCCAGAUCCACGUAUAGCCAUGGUGCGGACGAGCCCGUCUCUCGUACGUGCACUAUUAGCCGUUCUGCACGAAGUGUAUUGGAGCUCAGCUGGGCCCGCCGUGCGCUCUCAGGCCCUUAAAGCCAUAUUGCGCUGUGUGUAUUAUGCUGACGCUCAGUUGCUUCGACAAGUGCUUAAGACUCAGGUUAUAUCCUCUCACAUCGCGGGUAUGAUGGCAUCCAGUGACCUUCGCAUAGUGGUGGGGUCCCUUCAGCUUGCAGAAAUCCUGAUGCAGCGAUUGUCUGAAGAAAUGGGCGCCCAGUUUCGUCGUGAGGGAGUUCUGCAUCAAGUUGCUCAGUUGGCCCAAAAGGCGCCUGCACCUCAGCCCGCUAGACAGGCCAAACUUAAGUCUCCGAGCGGGGCAAGUGUCCGGGUUACCGGCAAUGCAUCUCCACCAGCUUCUACGUCUUCGACUCCUCUGGAGCACAAUAAUAUAUCACUCGCAUUUUCCGCAUCUGGAUCUUUCAUCGCAAGCACCUUACUGGCAGCUACUGAAGCCGGGAUGUCUGAAGCGGGACCUGCAACUUCUGCAUCCACUCAUCAAACAACCUCAUCUCUUCAUAGAUCCGGCAGUCCCAUGCAACUGGCUGACAUGUUAAAGCGCAAGCGCCCCGUGAAGCGUUCGGGUGGCGCAGGCGCACGUAGGCCGCGUACUCGUGAGGAAGUGACUUUGGGACAUCACGCUCUCGGACAGGCUCAGCCGCCUGCCACGCCCACUACGGCACCGCAUUCAUCUAACACGGCAUCGGCGGGUAGAUCUGCCAACCGUGUAGGCGGGACGUCUAAAACAUCUUCAUUCCUGUCGUCGCUAAAUCCGUCGCGUUGGGGUCGAUCGCCCCAUGCGCACCCGCAUAAGGACGCCGGUCUUCUGGCAUCGCCACAUGCGUCGGCUAAUUUGUCGCUACAGAACAAGGAGAAAGUCCGCGAGUGGAUAGAGUGCGUAGCGAGCCGCCUUCAACGCGAGUGGGGCGCUUUGGGCGGCGGGGGCGGAGCCCUGCAGCAGUUGGCGGCACUCGCUGUUGCUUUGCCACGCAGGGCUGAUUUGGCCCUCGACCCGUUGCUAGUACUGCGGGACACGCUAGCGAGACAUGAUCUGUCGCCUUUCGAGGUGAAUCACUCCGGUGUCAUCGGCGCCUUACUCCAAUUCCUUACUGGGUCGGAGACAGACUCAGAGGAGCAGGAAGGUGAAGGCGAGGGUCGGGACUCAGCCGAACAAAUCGCUGCUUGUGAAGAUCGUUUACGACUCUUCUUACAUGUCUUCGCUGAUAUGCCUCUUGCGCCCGAUGAAAAUGAAUGGAUGGAAAAGGCUAGCAGUAUCGGCGGUUUUGCGUCAAUCGGCGCAGGCGCAUUAAGCGCACUGGUGUCAAAGGUAAACGCGUGCGUGUCUCACUUGGAACAGUUUCCUGUACGCGUACACGACUUGCCCGCUCGUCCUGCCACCUCAGCGCUUAAGUUCUUCAACACGCAUCAGCUAAUGUGUGAUCUCAAACGUCAUCCAACAUGUACCACAUUGAAGCAGUGGAAGGGAGGAGUGGUGCGGAUAGACCCCUUAGCAUUAGUACAGGCCAUUGAACGGUAUCUAGCACAGCGCGGCUAUGCUCAAGCCCGUAGUCGUGAGGGCACAGGCCCCCAUACUGAUGAUGAAGCAGCCUCCGAUGACGAUGUUGAAGACACACUUGCUACUACUCACCAUGUCGCUGAGUCGGAUCAUAAACUGGAGUUUCUAAUAGGAGAUACAGUUCUGCCAUACAACAUGACUGUAUAUCAGGCUGUAAGACAGUUUGGCGAACAAAAUGACGCCGACACUGACACAGAGACACCUCUAGCAAACGCCGGUAUAUGGGUACAGACACAUACAAUAUAUUAUCGCGCCGUGGAAGGAGGCGAACAGCCACGUGCUGACUCUUCUACGUCGCGUAAAGGAAAAGGGCAAACAACUAAAAUGUCGUCACGACGGAAACCAGACUUAUUGUGGACCGAAGGCAUAGUACCGGUGCAGUUAAGCUCGCUAGCGGUAAUGCUGCGGUCGGGUGCGAUCUCAAAGUGGGGCACAGACAUGAAUGACGCAUCUUUGCCUGCCCUGGCUCUGCUCCGAGCUUUGCAUGCCCUGUCUCGGCACUGGCACACAUUGUACCGAGCUGCCUGUUUGCCUGACCAUCGCUCAUUGGUGCCCAACUCGGAGUUUAUUAAUACAAAGCUUGCCGCAAAGGCAAAUCGACAAUUACAAGACCCACUUGUAAUUAUGACUGGAAACUUACCGCCUUGGUUGAAGAAAAUUGCAUAUGCUUGCCCCUUCAUACUACCAUUCGAGUGCCGUCACCUUCUGUUCUACGUGGUGUCCUUCGACCGUGACCGGGCCUUGCAGCGUUUACUAGAAGCGGGAGGAGAAAGGGGAGCUCCAGCUGCAGGCUCCAGUGAAGCAGAGAGAGUGGCCCCGAGGUUGGAUCGGCGCAAGCGCACCGUGCAAAGGGACAAUGUGCUGAGGCAGGCCGAGCAUGUUAUGCACGAGUUUGGACAUUCAAAGGCUCUAUUAGAAAUCCAAUACGAAAACGAAGUCGGCACCGGUCUCGGGCCGACAUUAGAAUUCUACGCGCUCGUAUCCCAAGAAUUGCAGCGGGCUGAUCUCGAUUUGUGGCACGGCAGUGAAAACUUCAAACAGAAGCCCACGUCGUUUGGCGGGGAAAUAGUCAAAAGCCAGCCAACGGUGGUCUCGGACAGGUCUUCGGAUGCCGCCACCCGUUUAGCGUCUUCAGUGCGUGACGCAUUGAAUCUUGACGACGACCGUUCGCCCGAGCCGUCUGAUUUGGAGAAGGAGACAUCCAUACCUUCCCCCGCACCUGACGCCACUUAUGUUUCUUGGCCGUGUGGCCUUUUCCCACAAGCUAUUGGCAGGAAUGCGAGAGCCUCUCAUCUCUCGAGAGUGAAAGCUAAAUUCCGCUUCCUUGGAAAGUUUAUGGCUAAAGCGGUAAUGGAUUCUAGAAUGGUGGACAUUCCCCUAUCGGUGUCCAUGUACCGAUGGGCAGUAAGCGAGCAGCAGUGGCUCAAUCUUAGCGACGUGCGACACGUCGCUCCUGAACUGUGGCGGUCGUUGUGUCGCCUACGACGCGUCGCCGAUCGCGCUCAGGCUAUCGCCACAGAUGAUAACUACUCACCUGAACAAAGGAACCAAAUGAUUAACGCAUUGGAGCUGGAUGGAUGUCCUAUCGAAGAGCUGGGUCUAGAUUUUAUCCUUCCUGGAGACGGAUGCACCGAGCUAAGGCGUGGCGGGCGGGACAUACCCGUCACGGCUCACAACUUACAUCAUUAUAUCGCCCUCGUCACACACUGGCUGUUGUAUGAAGGUGUAACAAAACAGAUGGACGCAUUUAAAGAAGGUUUUGAAUCAGUAUUCCCGUUGGCCAAUCUCAAAAUAUUCUAUCCAGAAGAAUUGGAACAAGUCUUCUGUGGCAGUCCAUCAGGCGGCAGAGAGCAGCGUUGGGAGCCCCGUAUGCUUGCGGAGUGUAUUCGACCAGACCACGGAUUCAACGCAGAGUCGCGUGCUAUACGUAUGCUCAUAGAUAUACUAGCCUCAUACAAUCGGGAGGAGCAACGGCUGUUCUUGCAAUUCGUUACUGGAAGCCCUCGUCUACCCACUGGUGGCUUCAAAUCUCUAAACCCGCCGUUGACGGUAGUCCGUAAGUCGUUGGAGUCAUCUUUAGACCCGGACGAAUACUUGCCGUCAGUGAUGACGUGCGUCAACUAUCUCAAACUGCCCGACUACAGCAGUGCUGAGGUAAUGCGUGCCAAACUGCGACUCGCCGCCUCAGAAGGACAGCAUUCCUUCCAUCUCUCCUAA